AUGGAUCUUAACCGUGAACAUUUGCGUGCUAUGAUCUUCUAUGAUUUAAAAUGUGGUUUAACUGAACAAUUGAGUUUGGAACGUUUGCAGUCAGCAUUAGAGGACUCUGCUCCUUCUCGUGCAACAGUUUUUAGGUGGUUUAAGGAAUUUAAAAUAGGCAGAACUAACCUUGAAGAUGACCUAAGAGGCGGACGCCCGGAAACAGCAGUUACUGCAGAAAAUGUGUGGAAAUCUGAAAUGUUGGUGCGAGAAGACCCACGAAUCACCUACACGAACAUUGAGAAGAUCCUAGGCAUUAGUUCGGGAAGCGUCAAUACUAUCCUGCAUCAACAUCUUGGAGUGAGGAAGCUUUGUUGUCGAUGGAUCCUACGAUUGCUCUCCGGUGCUGAAAAACAGGCUCGAGUGGAUUGGUGCCGAGAAAUGCUUAUACGUUUCGAAAACAGGACAUCGAGACGUGUUUCAGAAAUCGUUACUGGUGAUGAAACAUGGAUCUAUCAAUAUGAUCCAGAAAGCAAGAAGCAGUCGUCGGUGUGGGUCUUCGCAGAGGGACAAUUACCGACAAAGUUGCAAAGACCUCGAAACGUCGGCAAAAAAAAUGGUAGCUAG